AUGGAUUUAAAAUCUAAAUCUUCAAAUAUAGCUUCUAUUCAAGAGGAUGGUGAAUAAUCUUAUAAAGCAAAUGAAUUUAGUGAUUCUCAAUCAUAAGAUUAAUAUUAAUUAAAGAAUAUUAUGCAUAAGAAAAUCAAAAAGUACUAAUAAAAAAGGAAAUCUUGCAAUUGGGGCUCAGGAAGACCAUCUAAAUAAAAUAAUACUGUUUCAAAUAAUCAAUAGAAUUAAUUAUAAUUAACAGAUGACCUUUCUAAAUUUUGGUUUGGAACAGAUAUCUCUAUGCAAUUAAUCAUAUAUUUAUGUAAAGUCGGAAAUAUGAUACCUAAAGUUGUUACUGGUAUCCCAGCAGCAAAAAAAAAGAAAGAUUUUAUAAAAUAUGAUAAAGAUAAAGAAACUCUUUAGAAUCAUUCGAUUGAAACUCAUUUGAAUAUAAAAAAAUAUUCUAAUUAACUUAAAAAAGAGCUAAAAGUAGUUAAUUAUCAUAUAAUUUUAGAUUAAACAUUCUAAGUUACUUGAGUACCUUUAGUAUUCUGAAGACACAACUUAUAUGUUUUUAGAAGAAAAUAAUAUUUGCCAAGAUUAGUUACAUCUUUACAAAUAUAUAUCAUAAGAGAAUAAAAUUGGUUUAGAAGUUGUUUUGAAAUACCUUUCACCAAAAUUUAUUCUUACUUAUAAGUUUAUUAUUCAAGAAUACUAUUAAAAAAAUGUUAAUAUUGAUAUUUUAAUAGAUACUAUUCUUAAGAAACUAAUUGAUGAUCAAUAAAAUCAUAAAAUGAUAUUUGAUAGGCAAUUAAUUUAUGAAUUAACUAAAGAUGAUAUUAAUUUAAUCAAUGAAAUUGUAAUAAUGUCAAUUUAUCAUUUUAAAGGAAUCUAAUCCUCAUAAAGCUGAGUUUCAUUUGUAUUAAAAUUCUAGGAUAAGAAAUCUAAACUUCUUUUCUAAUACAUUUAAUGAUGAAGUAGAAGAAAUUACAAGAAAAUCAUUAUGGAUAAGAUAAUUUGUAUAAGGUUUUAUUGAAAUUCUGUAAAAUUGUGAUAUAAAUACUUAAAUUGAAUAAAAAAAUAUUAAAUGA